AGAGCGCAUACAGACGAACGGCAUGGUGUCGACGGCAGGGUACCACCGCAGCCGUCGACGUGUCGGCGGCAGCAGUCAAUACGUCGACGGCUGCCGCCGAUAGGCGGCAACAGCUGCCGUUGACAGGCGACGUUUGCAGUAUUAGAAUGCCGCGUACUAGUAGUCGUGGUAUAGGAGCCAGUUGCAAAAUGGAUUCCGAGGAAGAAACACUGUUAUUGCUUUUACUCCGCCGCCGUCGCCGACAACAACGAAAAAGAAAGAUACGUUCAGUGUGGGUUGAAGAAAUAUUAAUGUAUAAAGAACAAGAGGGAGAUUUUUAUACACUCUAUCCACGUUUACGAGAGAACGAAAAAAAAUUUUUCAAUUACUUUCGUAUGUCAAUCGCUUCUUUUGAUGAGUUAACAACUAUCUUGAAAGCCUCAAUAUCUCGCCAAGACACCGUGAUGCGGAAAAGUAUACCAGCUGAGCAAAGACUCGCCAUGACAUUAAGGUUUUUAGCAACAGGCUGUUCAUUUGAAGAUCUACAGUAUUCAUAUAGAUGCGGAAUUUCCACAAUAAGUAACAUAAUAAAAGAUGUCUGCCAACAAGUAUGGAUAAACAUGAAAGACGACAUUUUGCCACAAAAUAUAACCGAAGAAACAUGGAAAAGGAUUGCUGAUAGAUUUGAAAGACACGCUCAAUUUCCUAACUGCAUAGGCGCAGUUGACGGCAAGCAUAUAAGAAUAUUCAAGCCAGGAAAUAGUGGAUCAUCUCAUUACAAUGACAAGAAUUAUUUUUCGAUUAUACUUUUAGCUAUCUGUGACAGUGAUUAUAAAUUUAUAUUUUGUGACAUAGGCUGUUACGGACGACAUUCGGAUUCAACUAUUUUUGAAGAUUCAGUGUUUUUUACAAAGCUACAAGAAAAGUUACUUAACAUUCCAAAGCCCAGAUCGAUUUCAACUGAUGGAUAUACCUUGCCUUAUGUUUUAGUUGGAGACGAAGCAUUCAGUUUGUCAGAAAAUUUGCUACGUCCAUAUCCAGGCAAAAAAUUGACAGAAAAGAUGAGAAUUUUUAAUUAUCGCUUAACACGUGCAAGAAGAUACAUAGAAUGUUCAUUCGGUAUUUUAACCAAUAAGUGGCGAAUAUUUCAUACCCCCAUGAACUUAUCUUUAGAAUUCUGUAAGGAUGUUGUUAAAGCAUGUUGCAUAUUGCAUAAUUUUGUACGUGACAGAGAUGGUUUUACAUAUGAAAAUACACUUACUAUCAAUGGUUUGGAAAAUAUAACCACAAUCCAGAACGAAGGGGAUUCCUUAUCGGGUCCAUUAAUAAGAGAAAAAUUUGCAAAUUAUUUUAGCAGUAGCGAAGGAAGUGUUUCGUGGCAGUUGGAUUGCAUAUAAAACAAAAAGUAUCUCGGUUUUUAUUAGUUUGAAAUAAUCUGCUUAUAAUUCCUUCGCAUUAAAAAUACAGAGACUCAUCAGUAAAACUGCAGGGUAAAGGUGUAUUAGCAGAGAGAUUAAAAUUCAAAUAAAUUAUAUUUUUUUAAAUAUGAAUUUAUUUAAAUACACUCUAAAGCUUAAAAGCACUCACUGCAUUCUUAACGCGGACGAACAUAAUUAAUAAAUAAAUCACUUACC